AUGUAUCAUCAAACAUUAUUAAAUCAUAUGGAAAAUUCAACAAAUAAAGUUACUAAUGAAUAUAUGGAUGUAUUAAUAAAUAAAAUAAUUUUUAUUAUAAUAUUAUGUAUAAGCAUACCAAGUAUAAUGAUAAAUCUAUUUGCUACAUAUCGUCUUCAUGGAAAUACAAAAUUAAGUGUUUUUGCAUUUCGUUGUAUAUUACAUGUUAGUUUAUUUACAACAUGUACAUGUAUACCAUUAUUUUUAGUUGAAUUAUAUUUUAAUUUAUAUUUUCCAUUAUCAUUAUUUAUAUGUAAAUUAUGGUUAAUUAUCGAUUAUUCAUCAAUUGUUUGUCUAGCUCUAUUAGUAUGUUGGGCAUCAAUACAACGUCAUAUACUUAUAUUUGGUCCAAUACAUAUGAAAAAAUUACAAUCAACAUUUAAAUUUAAACUUAUACCAAGUACAUUUGCAUUAGGUUUUCCAUUAAUAUGGUAUUCAAUACUUAUAUCAACAUGUACAUAUGAGAAAACAAUUCGAAAUAAAUUUCGAUGUCAACCAUGUUUUGAAGAUAAAAAAUUCAUUUUUUUAAUUGAUACUUUAUUAAGUUUAUUAUUUCCAUUGUUAAUAACAAUACUUGCAACAUUAUUUUUAUUAAUUCGUAUAAUUCGUUUACGUUUUCGUUUAUUUCGUUCGAAUUCAAAAAAAUGGCGUCGUUGUAAACGUUUAACACGUCAAAUGAUAUUAUUUUCAAGUAUUUAUUUAAUUGGUUUAUUACCAUAUGUUUUAGUAAAUUUAAAUUCUUUAUAUGAAUUUUGGCCAUUAAUUAAUCUAUCAUGGUGUAUACAAAUAGCAAAUGCAUUUACAUAUGUUCCUUGUUGUUUUUCAUCAUUUUUAAGUAUAUAUGCUAUUCCAGAAAUAUGGAAAAAUCGACGAAAUCAUCAUCAUCAGCAUCAGCAUCAACAACAAAACAGCUUGAGAAAAAAUCGGAAACAGGAACAAACAUCGUUUACAUUACCAUCAAUAUUUUCAACAACAAAGACAUCAACUGACACAGAAUAA